AUGCCAAGCCAACAGAAGAAAGUCAUUUUUUGCAUGGCUGGGAUGUUAAGCUUUGUGUGUGCCCUCGGAGCUGUGACAGCACUGGGGACACCUUUGUGGAUCAAAGCCACCUUCCUCUGCAAAACUGGGGCUCUGCUCGUCAACGCCUCGGGGCAGGAGCUGGACAAGUUCAUGGGCGAGAUGCAGUACGGGCUUUUCCAUGGAGAGGGCGUGAGGCAAUGCGGGCUGGGAGCAAGGCCCUUUCGGUUCUCAUUUUUCCCAGAUUUGCUCAAAGCCGUCCCAUUGAGUAUCCACGUCAAUGUCAUUCUUUUCUCCACGAUCCUUAUCGUUUUAACCCUGGUGGGGACAGCCUUCUUCAUGUACAAUGCUUUCGGCAAGCCCUUUGAAACUCUGCAUGGUCCACUGGGGUUGUAUCUCUUGAGCUUCAUUUCAGGCUCCUGCGGCUGUCUUGUCAUGAUAUUGUUUGCCUCUGAAGUGAAAAUCCACCACCUCUCAGAAAAAAUUGCAAAUUAUAAGGAAGGGACUUAUGCCUACAAGACGCAAAGUGAAAAAUACACCACUUCAUUCUGGGUGGUUUUCAUUUGCUUUUUUGUUCACUUUUUGAAUGGGCUUCUAAUACGAUUUGCUGGAUUUCAGUUCCCUUUUGCAAAAUCUAAAGACACAGAGACAACUAAUGUAGCAGCAGAUCUAAUGUACUGA